GCAGUUGACUGUGAUUUUAUUUGCUAACUCACACACAGUCACAUAAUCUGGCAGGUGAAAAAAUCUCACAGUUCUCCUUGAUCUUCUUCUCACCAUGCGGGAACGACACUUCUUCCUGCUCCUGUUCUCAGGAGUGCUGAGCUUCGGAACCUUAUGUACAGCACUGAAUGAAACCAGCCUUACACAACAGGACUGUAUUGCUACUGAUGACUCCACCUCAGACUUCCUGAUGUGUGUGGGUGUCCCAUCAGACCCUGGGGCAGUAGAGCAGCAGAUCCUCAACCUGAAGGGCCUGAUUGAUGAUCUGCUUGAUGUCUUCGUGUUUAUGAACUCGGGAUUGAAUGGUGUCCCGUUGCUGAACGUGUCUGCAGAAUGGAGCAUCAACUCCACAGGUCUGCUGCAAAAUGAUGACAUCAUCCGGGCGUGGCUGCAGAUUAGGCUGUCUCCACUGCUCUCCUCCAUCUCUCAGAACUUCCUCACCUGCCUCGGCUACAACAACUUCAGCUGCCAGACUUACCAGACUGUGGUGCAGGAGCUGAGUCAGCAGUUCUCCAGUUUAGAUAGUCAGCGGCAGCAGUGGAUCUACUCGUACUUCAUGCAGCCCUUCCUGUCCAGAAGCUCACCGGCAGGUUGUGUGCUCCCUGGUGACUCCACUGAGGACUGGCUCACAAAGAACUUUGGUUCCUUCUCAAUUCUGGCCCAACUCCAAGACUUCAGCUCUGUCAAUGCACUCUUCAAUGGGCUGGAUGUACUGCACUUGUUGAGUCCAGUGCAGAAAGCACAUAUCAUGCUGUAUCCUGAGACAGUCGGUCUGAACAACGAAUCCCUCAGUGUGGUUCUGGGCAGCCUGAUGACUUCACUAACACCCUCUGGAGGAGAUGUGAACAUGUCCAGUGAUACCAUGUGGAAUGCAGGAUUUCCUGUUAUGUACUCAUCCACUCCACAAGACCCACUCACACAGACGGUGAAUGACUUCAUGACUGCUUUUAGACCUGUUGGGAGUUUUGUCAGAGAAUUUGUGUCCCUCACACAUCAGCAAGACCUGAGCAACAUGAAGAGUGUGACACUGAUUCAGGCGAUGCUAAACUGGACAUUGGCAGAGCUCGCAGCUCCGUAUAAAAACAUCAGCGAUAAUCAGCAGAUGGAUCAGAUGAUGUUUGAUCCUACAGAUGUUAACUCCUGGUUUACGCACGUCGUUGUUCCAGUACUGAACAGAUACCUCCCCAGUGACAUACCAGAUGACCUCACUGCUGUCUUUCAUAAUGUGUUGUGAGUAUUUUCCAUGGACGUGGUAUAAAAUGGUACAAUGACAGUGUGAUCGAUUUGGAUCUGACAAAAUGUGAUUAUGAAAAUCAUUCUUGAAGGAGGAAGAAGAAGAAGAAAUAUGAAGAGAACAUUAUGGAAUGCAGAAAAAUAUAAAUGUUCAAACGUAUUCAUCUGUUCUUGUUUGUGUUUGUAGUUAUAUGGAGAAUUCAGUGAACAAUACUCUGGACACUUGCAGUGUCACUCUGGAUGAUGCGUGUGCUGUGACUAAUGUGAUGGAGAAUGUGGCAAAAAUCCUGCAGUGUGCGGAGAGCACUAAUCUGAUGCUCACAGGGGAAACAGUGAACAGUCUCGUACUGCACCUCUCCAGCAACCUCAACACACUUCUGAACCAGCUUGCCCACACGAAUUUUAGUUCAGCAGAUUCCCCUUUUAGAAACAUUCUAGAACGAAUCCAUGACCCGGCACACGCUGACCUGAUGGACACGGCGUUUGUC